GCGGGCGGCCGCAGCCUGGCUGCCCGGCGCGGCAGCGCUGGACGGCGGCGGGGAGGCCGGAGGUGCGGGGCGGCGGCGGCGGAGGGACGGGGGAUGGGGGCCGCCUCCCCCCGCUACCAUGCUGCUGGGCAGGAAGCCGGAGGCGCCGCUCAGUGCAGCCAGGUUUGGAGACGGAUUGUAUGACUCCUACAUGAGGAUCGAUCAGCUUAGGUACCAAGAGUCUGCAAAUGAAGAACACAGCCCCUCGGGACUUCCUUCCCUCGGAAGAUCUAAUGUUUGUAGCAACAAACUUGCAAUGAAGGAUCACCCUCUGAGUGGGAGCCAGGUCAAAGUGGAACAAUUGUUUGAGGACUCUGGGAACAGAAGGAGCAGCACUCUUCAGUCUACAGGAAUUACUUGUUCAGAAAGAUCUCUUCCUUCCCUGACAAAAGAUAAAAACAUAGAGAGCUUAAGCACUUCUAAAGGUGGCAGCAGCUCCUCAAAAGCACACAAAGCCAUUUCCCAGGCUCCAGAACAAGCUGUCAAGCAGUACAAGCAUCAAUUAUCUGCGUAUGAGCAGCAGGAGAUAUUUAAUUUUUCUGAGAUCUACUUUGUGGGUCCAGCUGCAAAGAAGAGGCAAGGGGUGAUCGGUGGUCCCAACAAUGGGGGUUAUGACGAUGACCAAGGCAGCUACAUCCACGUGCCCCACGACCAUCUUGCUUACCGCUAUGAAGUGCUCAAAAUCAUUGGCAAGGGCAGUUUUGGACAAGUUGCUAAAGUCUACGAUCACAAACUCCACCAGCACUUAGCCUUAAAGAUGGUUCGCAAUGAAAAGAGAUUCCAUCGCCAAGCAGCGGAGGAAAUCCGGAUCCUGGAGCACCUGAAGAAGCAGGAUAAAACUGGCAGUAUGAAUGUUAUUCACAUGCUGGAAAGCUUCACCUUUCGGAACCACAUCUGUAUGACCUUUGAACUCUUGAGUAUGAACUUGUACGAGCUGAUAAAAAGAAAUAAGUUCCAGGGCUUCAGCAUCCAGCUGGUGCGCAAGUUUGCUCACUCGAUACUGCAGUGCUUGGAUGCUCUCUAUAGAAACAAAAUCAUACACUGUGACUUGAAGCCGGAAAAUAUCCUCCUAAAACAGCAAGGGAGGAGUGGAAUCAAGGUUAUAGAUUUUGGGUCCAGCUGUUUUGAGCACCAAAGAGUCUACACGUACAUUCAGUCUCGAUUUUAUCGAGCGCCGGAGGUAAUUCUAGGAAGUCGCUAUGGGAUGCCCAUAGAUAUGUGGAGUUUUGGCUGUAUUCUGGUGGAGCUAUUGACUGGAUACCCUCUUUUUCCUGGAGAGGAUGAGGGAGACCAACUGGCUUGUAUGAUGGAGCUUCUUGGAAUGCCGCCUCAGAAGCUUUUGGAUCAAUCCAAGCGAGCCAAGAACUUUAUCAACUCCAAGGGUCAUCCUCGCUACUGCACUGUAACUACGCAUGCAGAUGGAAGAGUGACCCUCAACGGGAGCCGAUCGCGCAGGGGGAAAGUACGAGGUGCUCCAGGGAACAAGGACUGGGUGACGGCGCUGAAAGGCUGCGACGAUCCCUUGUUUAUAGAGUUCCUAAAGGAGUGUCUCAGCUGGGAUCCUUCUGCGCGCAUGACUCCAAGUCAAGCUUUAAGGCACCCGUGGAUUUGUAAACGAACACCCAAACCACCCAGCACCGACAAAACCUCCAGUAAAAGGAUUUCUGGCUAUACAAGUUCUUUCACGGGAAUUGGUUCCAAGUUGCCUCCUGUGGUCGGGGUAGCGAGCAAGCUGAGGGCUAACUUAACCUCCGACGCCAAUGGCAGUAUACCUUUAUGUACUGUGCUGCCAAAGCUGGUCAGCUAGUAGCAAAUGAUAUAUUUCCAGAAAACGUACUUUUAAUUUUAAUUAUUUGUUAAUAAGGUGAGAGGAAGGUAAAUGCAGAGGUUUUUAAUGGAUUUAAACAUUUAAAGGGCUAACUUUUAUCAAAUUGUUUCUCUCGCGGCGUGGUGCGUAUUGCAUCCUGGGUAGGUCAGCUCAUCUGAUGAGCAACGCGGCAGUUUGACCGCUGUGCUACUUAAUAAUGCUGUUUUGGAAACCAAACUGUUCCUUAUCAAUACAGGUUAGGAGAUGAUUUUGCUUAAGGCAGCAAGGGAAAUCGACAUGUAAUGUGUAUUUUCAGUUCAUCCCCAAAUGAACUUUUGUUAAAGUUUAAUUUUGGGGAGGGUUUCUACAUCUGUUGUCACAAGCACAAAUGCAUUGGUGUAAUGCAUUAAGAACUCGCUUGCAAAUGGCUGACUUGUGUCCGAAGAACUGGACUCCUCUGUGCUGCUUUUCCCUCAUCGAUUCCCUAAGGAUUUUAAAAAAUACCCUGGGAUAGAAACACCAACACAUCUGGUGUUGAAAUUUCGUAGCCUGAUUUUUACUUUUCUCUCGGGAACACCGUGGAACACAGGAGGUGCAGGCAGAUGUCAUGCUGGUACGUUUGCCGUUUCCCUUGCCAUUCUGUGGCAGGCUGACAGGGAAGCUCAGGAGCAGAACGAGCCCAUGGCAGGCGUGGGCUGCUUUGUUUGGGGCUCACGAUUUAAUGAGACAGCGUUGGAGCUCAGACUUGAAAGUUCUCCCGGGUGCGUGUGUGCGUUUGCUCGUUGGUGUGAGUUCUUGGUUGGUUUGGUUUUGUUGUUUUGUGCGGAGUGAAUUCCACUGAAUUCCGUGGAAGUCUUUUAUUAAAAAAGCAAGCGUGCCACCCUGAUCAGACAAGUAAAAGUUCUUGAGGCAUAGGGUAUAGUAAGAAAACAUGUGUGGAACAGCCUAAUGAAUAGAAUAGCUGUCUGAAACCUCAACGUAAUCUGGAAAAUGUCAGGAAAGGCUGAUAAGGUGCAAAAACUCGUAGAUCCAAAUCAGAAUGCCUUAGGAGAUGAAUUAUUUUAAUUCUAAUCAUCUUCCUUCGGGUCUCUGAGAGAUGUUUCUGCAUGCUCGGGGUGUCUAAGCUUCUAAUUCCUUUAUCUUCCAAGAACAUGAAGCGGUGGUGUGACCUGUAACGACAACAGCACAACUUGUUCUGGUUCUCAGUUCUUGGAGCCGCAUGGCCUGGGUCCAUUUACAAAAACAUCUGAUCUCCUGCCAGGUUCCCGAACACGAUUUUAAACACAAGUUAGAGCUCUUGUGAAGAGAGGGUUUUAAGUUUAAUGAGUUUCUCCGCGGCGAGUUUUUAAGCAUUGAGACGAGGAGACUCUCGCUCUACAAACAAAAGAGCGAUGGGGUUGAUUGGUAAGAUAAGGUGCCCACAUGUUCAGCAGCAGAGCCGCCUUCCGAGAAGACGGGGCCGUGCUUUCAGCUCUGCCCUGUUCUAAUUACAGCUCUGCCGAAGCGCUGGGUGGAGGCGUGGAUGAAAAGGCCAAAGAGUCAGAGCCAAAGCCCCAGGCUUCCCACGCCCGUUCUUUAAACGGAGAUUCUCGCAUAAGGGCUUUGCUGACUUCUGUUCUGUGAGUGUCAACGCGCUGAGUUUAGGAAUGGUAUUAAAAUAGUGAAGCCUGGCCUUGAUCCACGCGGCCACGGGUAGCACCGGCGUGUGCGCUGUGUUCGUGGUCCACUUCAUAAUAAGGCACGAGUGGUGUUUUCGUGUGGCUCGGCUGAGUGAGGUCUUAUUUGGACGUACAACCAGGGAAACAGAUUUUGGGGGGAAGUGGCAGAAUACACCACCAAUUUUAGCAGCAUCUCUAUUAGAGGUGACACGUUUCCCAAAGCUGGGAACGUCCCGUUUCCUCCUGUGUCUUUCCUAUUUGCAUUUUUAACUGUUACCUUUUUUUAAAUAUACCCGACGAGCGAGGAAGAAGGGGAACCUUUUGUGGAGCAGCAGCUUGGUAAGAAAGAUGUGUAGAAAAGGAGCACUUCCUAUAGAAAGACUGUACAGUGGUGGUAGUGUUUGGAGCCAGGAAGAAGACAGAGCGUUGGUGUUAGGAGCUGUGCAAGGACGAGAUGGAGCGGCCCGUUUUUAGGAACAGCAACCAGUGGCUUGGCUGUAGAACACAUUCAUCUCUAAAAUGCCCAGUGCAGAACGAUUAUUCUCCUGGGACUUCUGAGAUCUGGUUACCAUGAAGUAACUUCUCAUGUCACAGCCCCUGGUAGGCGUACAGAGCUCUCAGCUUGUGCUGUGAAACUACAAGUGUAGUCGCUGGCUGGCAGAAACGUUGCUUUUUUUUACCUCGAAAAUGUGUUCACCUUGACCUGACCGAACAGGGUGCUCUUUAUGAGCUCUACAUGUUUAACAAUCGAUCUUGUUUACCUGGGACUACUCCUGUGUUUUAGAAUCACCCACUUAGUUAACUGUCUUGCUAACGUGGGGCUCUUAUCUACGCGGCCGCAGCAGAUGAGAAGGAAAAAGAAGCGACUUUGGAAGAUUUCUACUGGGUUGAAAAUAGGUUCUACAUAACCCAGGGAGCACAGCCCUGUUUUUAUUUACCGAGCCCCAUUUUCUUUAUGCAGUAUUUGCUUUCUAAGAAUAGCGUGGCACGGUGUGCCCAACCUGGGAGAGCCCUUCAAGGGAGCUAAUGAACUCUGUGUCUGGGAGAGAGCUGAGUUCUCAUCCCUGCAAACACUUCCCUUGUGUUGAACUCGUGGUGGGUUCCUAUGGGAAUCGCGCUCAGCCACGCUUACAGGGCUGGAGCACAGGCUGUGCUGUUAGCAGUGUCAUUUAUCAAUCGUGGGCACGCUUGCAGUGACAGUCUUCAGUGAGAUGACGUCGAAUCUCAAAUCCACGUUGGCUUUUCAGAAAGCUGAGCCCUCUAAUGAGGCCUGAAGUUGUCAGAAGUCCGUCGCUUCCAUUAAUUUGUGAUGCUGGUUAGGAUGUUGAGGUGACACAGUGCUGAACUCAUCUACACCGAUGAACCAGACGGGUCCCGUGUUUGAGGAACCUGUUUGUUUUGCAAGCUCCUUGUUCCUCCAGCCCUCGUGAGGUUCCCCUGGACCCUGAAUCAUGUUCUCCUAGGAAGUUAGCACGGCACACGUGCAGAUUGCUCGGGUUUCUAACAAAGCAGACAUCACGUUUCUAGGAAUGGUCGUGAAGUCAUCCAGACUUGUUUUUAAAUGUCCCUUCUAACGUUCCUUCUGCCAUCGUUAGUCUUCGUGUCGUAAGUAACACGCUGUGUUUAUUGCCUGCAUUUUUAGCUGUUUGUUUUAGCGAUAUUUGCUGGAUAAAGCAAACGACAAGGCACGAGCAUCGCGUCUGCCAGCUCUGCAUUGCUUUUACACUGGGGUCCAAAUACCACGCGACCGUCCUGGUUGCAAGGAGCAACUUGUUUCUGUUUGAACUCAGUGGGACAGCGCCGUGGUCGCGGUGGGACGUGGUGCUGCAGCCCCCGAAGCAGGCUGCCCUGUUCUGUGCUGGUCUGGGCUCACCGAGGGCAGACAGUGCACAGAGGUCUGCCUCCCAUGGGUGCUCUUUGCUAGGGCUUGCUACCCAGCCUGCCCCGUGUGAAUGGGAGUUGUGCUUGUCUGGUCACCUCGGGGUUCAGAACAAAGCGCUCUGAAAGGUUGAAGGCAGCUCUCGUGGGUGUGCUCUGCAGUCUGCCAUUGUUUACAAUAGCUGCCAGCUGAUAGGGCUUCCGUGCAGUUGGAAGCUGUUGGAAUGAGGAAUUUAGCAGUAGAGGUUCUUUGCAAUGGUCAUCUUCUUUGAAACUACCUCUGAAAUAAACCUCGGCUCCUUUUUAAAGGGGCACUCACUGCAGGCUGCAGCUCCUCUUUUUUUUUUUUUCUUUUUUUCCUGUUUUAAUACUGAUAGCUGUUCCGGCUGCGGAACGUACACAUGAUGAUCUCAGCAAUGUCUUCCUAAUCCUAUCCACACAAGCAAAAGGCUGAUGGUGCACCCGGAGAUCUGUGCUGAAAUGAUUGACACAAAUCCCCUGCCUGCCAAAGUUCAAUGCCGGGAUGGGAGCGAAGAGCCAAAAUAACAAGGGAAGAUCUGCAGCGCUUCUGUGCGGCGCCCAGCUGAGAUUCAAAGCAAACCACACUGAAAGACUUCUCCUUAAUAAAACAAGCUUGCAGCUUUCCCACGUGUCGAGCACGAGGAGCUGUGGGUACCCAGCAAUUUGGAAAACUGGACAUCAUGGAUUUUACACUUGGUGUGUAUCGAAGAUACCACUUGAUCAUUAUUGUUAUUUUUUAACUUGGUAAGGGCUUGGGGAAACGUACACGCUUCAUACUUGGCAUAAAGAGCCCUCGAGCGUUCAGAAACUCCACUGCUACCUUUGUUCUCAACUCCCACUGUCACAUUUAGACCUUGGGGUCACCAGAGCAGUCUUGCAUGGGUGAGCAUCGCUGUGUUCAGAGGGGGCAAUGACUUCAGCCAAGUCUGCCCCGCUCGGAAUAACCCGUGUUCCCUAUCCAUAGUACUGUGCCUUAUUAUUUUACCAGCCUACAUUUGUCUUGGUGCAAUGAAUUUACUAUUCAGGGUUUCUUAUACUUUGCAGAUGUUCACACUCAACGUCGGUAUGGCUGAAGAAUGGGCAGGUUAGCCUUUGUAUUGUAAAUAGCGUGGUGAGGUGGAAAUGUAGGAAACACUUAAGGUGCAUGUGAACGUAACCCUGGGAAGGAACACUUUAGAAAGAAGUCGCUCUCAAGCUCUGUAUCUAAAUGUCACGGGCAGGUAUUUCCUAAAGUUGUACUUCAGUUCGUUUUUAAAAGAAAAUAAAUGCAUAAUUUUCUUUAGCAACA